CCCGAGUACAACCCGUCAUCGCCAAAUGGAGGGAAUCCGUUAGAAGUUGACGUCAAUGCCCAAUUUUCUGGCUUCGAGUUCAACUACACAUAUAUCGUCUUUUGCGGCUUCAUUGUUUGGUUGAUUAUUCCCGGCAUCGGACUGCUCUAUGGAGGCCUGGCACGCAGAAAAUCGGCAUUGGCCCUUCUUUUCCAGUCUCUGAUGGUCGUGGCAGUGACUACUUUCCAGUGGAUUUUUUGGGGUUAUUCACUGGCUUUCAAUCGAGAAGGCAAUCCGUUUAUCGGCAGCCUCAAGUCUUUUGGCAUGAUGAAUGUCGUCGCUGCUCCUUCGCCUAGCUCUGCUGUGCUUCCAGAAAUUGUGUAUUGCCUCUACCAACUGCUUUUCUGCGCCUGCACGGUCAUGAUUGUAGUUGGUGGUGCUUUUGAGCGAGGGAAUAUUGUUCCGUCUCUGAUAUUCAGUUUCUGGUGGGCAACAAUUGUCUACUGCCCAAUUGCCUGCUGGACGUGGAACAGUAAUGGGUGGCUCUAUAACCUACCAGCCUUGGACUUUGCUGGCGGAGGCCCUGUCCACAUUUCGUCGGGCUGGGCGGCUUUGGCGUAUGCCUUUGUGCUUGGGAAGCGGAAGCAUUCAGGCGAGCCGACACAUAGGAAGCCACAUAACACGACUUUGGUCUUCUUGGGCACGGUUCUGAUCUGGUUUGGAUGGUUUGGGUUCAAUGGAGGCUCUGCUUUGAAUGUAUCAGUCCGAGCCAUGAUGGCCGCCUUCAACACCAAUACUGCUGCAUGCACGGGUGUCCUUGGUUGGGUUCUUGUUGACUAUGUGCGAUACAAGGGCAAAUUCUCGGUGGUGGGAGCGUGCGAAGGCGCAAUUGCUGGUCUGGUUGGCAUCACUCCUGCGGCAGGCUAUGUCUCUGUUUGGUUGGCUGCCGUGAUCGGUUUUCUUACCUCUGUUGUUUGCUCUUCUCUUCAAAACAUGAACGAAUGGAUGGGCAUCGACGACGGCAUGGAGGUCUUCAAACUUCACGGCAUUGGUGGAAUUUGCGGCGCCUUUCUGACGGGCCUCUUUGCAACAUCGUCAAUCUCAGCCCUGGACGGCAGCUCCAUCUACCCUGGCGCGAUUGAUGGGAAUGGCAAACAGGUGUACUUGCAGUUAGCAGAGAUUGCUGCCAUUUCUGGCUAUUCAUUCACAGUUUCGUGCAUUCUUCUCUACAUUAUCAAAUUUAUUCCCGGGAUGAAGCUUCGCGUGGCCGAAGACGCGGAAAUAGCUGGGUUGGAUAGGGCACAGUUUGUCGAUGAGCAAAUUGGAGACUGGAGUAUGUUUGAUAGCUACAACGGGGUGACGUACAAUCAUAGCUCGCCCGGGGUGGUUGAGAAAUCCGCAGAAACGAAGACGGCAUGA